GUGAGGUUCACGCUGACGCGGCUUGGUCAAUGGCUUCACGCGUCGGAUUCAGACGUCUGAGGUUAGGGUUACCCAUUAUGGGAGCCCAUAUAUCGCCUCAACCGACUUAGACCAAGAUUCGUUACUCAGUUUCCUCCAAAUAACACCUUUUGCCAUGGCGCACGUUGUGACGCCUCUUGACCAACCGUCAAGUUAUAAGGAUUCUCAGGCUCGCGUGGACAGGCAGAAGCAGAACGAAUUGCUCGCGAAGUCGAGCACUCUCUAUGUUGGUAACUUGAGUUUCUACACAACAGAAGAACAGAUAUACGAACUCUUUUCAAAAUGCACCACCCCAGAAGAAGGUGGUGGCAUCAAGCGUAUCAUUAUGGGACUGGAUCGAAAUACCAGGACGCCCUGUGGGUUCUGUUUUGUUGAAUAUUAUACUCACGCGGAGGCAAUGGCUUGCCUACGUUACGUCAGCGGUUCAAAACUCGACGAGCGGAUAAUUCGUUGCGAUAUUGAUCUAGGCUACCGAGAAGGACGACAGUUUGGACGGGGUAAGAGUGGUGGACAGGUACGAGACGAACACAGAGCAGACUACGACCCUGGCCGUGGCGGCUGGGGUGCACAAGCACAGCGACUGGAGAUUGAGCGAAGACGCGAGGUCGAGGAACGAUAUGCUGACGCACAAGAAGGACCUGGCGCGGUUGCUGGAGGUGGAGGUGAAUGGAAAGAGGCGGAAGGCGCAGUUGAGACCACGCUCAAGCGUGGACGGUCACCAGACGAGGAAGGCGAUAGGAGAGGAGAAGCUCGAGCCCGUCUGGAAGAGACUGACCAUGAUGCAGAGCGCAUGUGAGACGAGAGGCUUGUUACAUUAUGCUGUAAGAUUAUAUGUCGCUGUCUAUAUGAUAUCCUGCAUGUCCAUCUAAACCUGAAGAAUGCUGAGACAAGCUUAGUAUAUUACAUGUGCCUUCAGGGGGUACUUUUCGAAGAAAAGAUCUGAAC